UUCCCCUGGAUCAGUAACACUGCUGGUUAGUCUUGCUCUUACUAAGAAGGCUCACACACAACUUCAACAAUGAAUUUCCUCCGAAGGCGUCUCUCAGACAGUAGUUUUGUGGCAAAUUUGCCCAAUGGCUACAUGAUGGACCUGCAGCGCCCUGACAACUCCACUAGCUCUCCAGCUUCUCCUGCCAUGGAGAGAAAGCACCCGCAGCCACCGCAGCCAUCCCACUCUUCCUCUCCUGGCACCAGCAUCUUCAGCUCCAUCUCUAGCGCCAUGAAGCAAACCACACAAGCUGCCGCAGGGCUAAUCGAUCAUUCGGCCAGCCCCACACCACCCGUGGCCCAGAAACCAAAGAUCCUCUUGGUGAUCGAUGAUGCACACACAGACUGGGCCAAGUACUUCCAGGGGAAGAAGGUGAAUGGAGAAUUUGAUAUCCGAGUGGAACAGGCUGAGUUCUCCGAGUUGAACCUGGCUGCUUACGUCACUGGUGGCUGCAUGGUGGACAUGCAGGUCACGAGGAACAGCACCAAGGUGGUAAGGUCCUUCAAGCCUGACUUUGCUCUGAUCCGGCAGCACGCCUACAGCAUGGCGCUAGGAGAGGACUUCCGCAGCCUCAUCAUUGGCCUCCAGUACGGUGGCGUCCACACGGUCAACUCCCUCUACUCCAUCUACAACUUCUGCAGCAAGCCCUGGGUGUUCUCUCAGCUCAUUAAAAUCUUCAACUCGCUGGGUCCUGAGAAGUUCCCCCUCGUGGAGCAAACAUUCUUCCCAAGCCAUAAGCAGAUGCUCACAACCCCGAAUUUCCCUGUAGUCGUCAAGCUGGGGCAUGCUCAUGCUGGAAUGGGGAAGGUCAAAGUGGAGAACCAACACGAUUUCCGAGACAUGGCUAGCAUAGUAGCUAUGGCAAAAACCUACGCCACGACCGAGCCAUUCAUCGACUCCAAGUACGACAUCCGGAUCCAGAAAAUCGGCAACAACUACAAGGCUUACAUGAGGACGUCCAUCUCUGGAAACUGGAAGGCAAACACAGGUUCUGCCAUGCUAGAGCAGAUUGCAAUGACAGAGAGGUACAGACUCUGGGCGGAUGCCUGCGCAGAAAUGUUUGGAGGUCUUGAUAUUUGCGCUGUCAAAGCUGUCCACAGCAAAGAUGGAAAAGACUAUAUCAUUGAGGUGAUGGACAGCUCAAUGCCUCUGAUCGGGGAGCACGUGGAAGAGGACAGACAGCUUAUAGCAGAUCUGGUUGUUUCCAAAAUGAGUCAGCUAGUCACAACUGCUGGAUCUACCCCGUCACCGUUGAGGCCUUGGCCUCCACAAGGUCAGCCUCAGUCAGUGAAAUCUCAGCCUGGACCUCAGCUUGGACAACUGUCCCAACCACGGCCUCCUCCCCAAGGCGGACCACGUCAGCCUCAGGUAUCUCAGCCUGCCCGGACAACGGCACCACCACAGCAGCGGCUUUCUCCGCAGGGACAACAGCCCCAGAGUCCCCAGUCCACUUCACCUCAGCAGCAAAGAUCACCGGGAUCUCCGCAGCAAGUCCGAUCCGCAACCGGCUCCUCCCCCGUGCAGGCCUCCAAGCCAGGCGUCUUUCCCCCACAGCAGCCUAGACCUCCUGCUCAAGGCCGGGCCCCAAGCCAGCCGAGCCCCACUGAGGUGACCAAGGGCACAUCACCUCUUGUCAGGCAGGACAAAUCACAGUCCCUGACAAACACCUUCAGCAUAUCUGAACCACCCCAGCGGGGAAAUGCGACUGAAGAUGAAGCAAAGGCUGAGACCAUCCGCAAUCUGAGGAAAUCAUUUGCUAGCCUGUUUUCCGAUUAACAGCCCUGCAGCCGGAUCUCUGCUUUUGUCAGCCCCCACUCUUCAUAUCAGCCUAUCCUGAUGUCAUCCUGAGACAUACAGC